AUGCUUUUGGUCAUUCAGGUGGGCACUGAGCUGAUUCGCGGCAUCUCUGGUGGUGAACGAAAGAGGACCAGCAUUGGCAUGGAGAUGAUCAUUGACCCCUCUGUACUGUUCCUGGAUGAACCCACUACAGGCCUGGAUGCCAGCACCGCCAACUCUGUUCUACUGCUGCUUAAACGAAUGGCCAAUAAUGGACAUACCAUUAUCAUGUCCAUCCACCAGCCACGCUACUCCAUCUACCAGCUCUUUGACAACCUCACACUGCUGGUCAGUGGCAAACAAGUCUACCAUGGACCGGCCCACAAUGCACUGGACUACUUCGCCAACAUUGGUUAUAAAUGUGAAACCCAUAACAACCCAGCAGAUUUCUUCCUGGAUGUCAUUAAUGGAGACUCCAUAGCUGUGUCUAUGGCCAAGCUGCAGACUACAGAAGGUAUUCAUUUACAUUUCUCAGAUGCUUUUCCCCAGUGUGACCUUGCAUCUACAGAAAACAACACUAUUGGAUAGCUUG